AUGAAGCUGUUAAUAUUAUUGUUAGCAGUACUACAAUGCACAGCUUCUCUAAAAAUCCUCCUUUAUAACCCGGGAUUCGGUCAUAGCCAUAUGCGAUUUAUGGGCAGAAUCUCGACUGUGUUAACGGAAGCUGGCCAUGCUUUGACCGAAGUACGCCCCGCCGUCGACAGCGCUCUGAAAUGGGAAGGGGUCUCCAAGACGAAGGACGUUCUGGUGUACCCUGAAGAUCCGCUCGUCGCCGAGCUUGUCAAACGUAUGAACGAUGAGGAUGGCUUCCUGGGCGGGUUGUGGACCAAGGAGAUGACUCCUCAACAAAUGUCUAGCAUGAUGGGCAACAUGACGAAGAUGUUCGUUAGGUCCUGUGACCACAUCCUUUAUGAGACGGAUCUCGUCGCGACUCUGAAGAAGCGGAAAUUCGAUCUAGGAAUUACCGAAGCGUUCGAUCCAUGUGGCUUCGCAAUCUUCAAGCUCGCUGGAGUCGAAAAUUGGGUGUCGACGUCGAGCAGCAACUUAUUGGAUCAUCAGGCCAUGUUGCUGGGCGUUCCACUCGUUCCUAGCUACGUCCCGGGUCCGAUGACCGAAAGCACCGAGAAAAUGACGCUUUUUGAGAAGACAAUGAACGCCGUCGGGACGUAUUUUGGCGGAAAAAUCUUCCUAGAUAUUUUCGAAGCAUUUACGGAGAAUUUCAAGAAACGCAUGGGUACGGAAUACAUUGACGUCAAAGCAUUGGCCUCUAGAUCGGCCAUGCUAUUUACGAAUACGCAGAAUCUGAUCGAUUUCCCGAAGCCGACUUUGCAUAAGAUUGUUGAUAUCGGCGGGAUCCAUAUCAAGGACACUUCGAAGGAAAAGUUGGAUGAGGAAUGGAACAAAAUCCUCAACCGAAAAAAGAAAAACGUACUGAUCUCGUUCGGAUCCGUGGCCAAGUCGUCUAAUAUGCCCCAACCGUACAAGAAAGCGAUUAUCAAGGCAGCACGAGAAAUGCCAGAUGUCCUAAUCAUCUGGAAGUACGAAGCAGACGAUUUGCCAAAGUCCGAGUUGCCAGAAAAUUUGUAUUUGAGCAAAUGGACACCGCAAAAUGCGUUGUUAGCCGAUCCUCGACUGAACCUGUUCCUGACACACGGAGGACUGGCGAGUACGACCGAAAUUGCUUACAGUGGAACUCCCUCCAUCGUCACCCCACUUUUUGCCGAUCAGCCUAGGAAUGCGAAGGUACUCCUCCGACAUGGGGGAGCCGAAAAAUUAAGAAAAUUCGACCUGGCGAAUAGUGAGAAGAUUAAGACGACCAUCAUGAAGAUUCUGGACGAUCCUAGCUACGAAACGAAGGCCAAGGAACUGUCGAUAAUGCUGAAAAAUCCGCCUUUUACCCCGAAAGAACUACUGGUUCGGAACGUGGAGUUUGUUGGAAGAUUUGGCUCGCUGCCUCAACUCGACCCCUAUGGCCGCCAGCUCUCCUUCUUCCAAUAUUACCUAUUGGAUAUUAUCUCAAUUUUCCUUGUCGUAACAAUUUCUGUAAUUUUACUAGCCGUGUAUUUGAUCAAAUCCUGCCUGGCUCUGGUGACCGGCGCCGCCAAGAUGAAGAGCGAU